AUGUGUGUCCCAGAACACAUUCUUGGCCCAGAGUUGGUGUGCGCGGCAGAGUUCGCGGACCUUCCUAAGCUCCUGCCCCGUAUCGAUGACUGUACCUCGACCAGCUGUCGCGGCUGUCGGCGCCACCCGUGGCAUCGCGGCAAACGGAGGACGAGCUUGGGCGCGGAAGAAGACGAGGCGCGGCAGCCCGACGCGGCCGCGCAGGAACGGCCUCAGCAAAAUCGGGUGGCAGUUGGAGGGGGCCCGAAGCUAUUCAACCUCGCGGACCUCGGCUGGGACGAGUGCGACGCGCAGUGCGACGACACAUUCAUCACGUCGCUGGGACUCAAGCUCGCGGCGAAAAUGCGGGGCAGGGCGAAGGCAUGGAUCAAAGAGACUGGGAAGAUGCGACAGACGCGCAGCAAGUCGGAGGCGGAGGCGGAGAUCUCGGCGAUGGGGGCGAUCAUGGUGUCGUGUUUCGCGGGCAUCUACGAGGGGCUCGUGGGCGAUGGCGCAGCGGUGGGUCGAGCCGGCGUGGCGAAGCUGCAGGAGGUCGGCAAAGAAAUGGAGAAGCUCUCAGUAGCCGAGAUGGGCGAGCUCGUUCCCAUGGCGAAGGGGGGGGCGAACGUCGUUCUGGCCUUCAGCAAUUGCCGCAACAUGGCGUCCGCGCUGGAGGCGCUGGUCCAGGCCCUGGACCCUCCGGUGCCAAUUCUGACCACGGCGCUGAGCGAAGCGGCCCUGGCCCUGCUGCGCGCCACCGCGGGGCGGCCGCGGGAACCCCGCGAUGGCUUGUCGCGCGCGCCCGGCCAUGCUAUUGUUCCUCCUGGCCGCCGCGCUCGGUGUCGGCAGGAGCAGCGAAGGCUCGCCAGAAGAGCUGCCGCCCGGCUCCGUGGUGUCGCCGGAGGCGGUCCAGCGCUUCCGCGACGCGCUGGCCGCCCGCGCCAGCGGCCUGGGCGACCACGCCCCCGAGAAGCUGGAGGACCAAUGGACGUGCUCCGCCGCGCUGCGCGGGGACCUGUCCGCCCAGCUCGAGGGCGUGGCGGAGAAUCUCACCGUGCUGGAGGUCGGCGGCUAUUUCGGCUACACGACCCGGCUCCUGAGCAGGCUCUUCGCCAG